GAACGCUCGGCCCAGUCGCAGCUCAUCGUAGAAGCGGUACGUGUCGGCGAACACAAACAUCAGUCAAACAUCAACGAUCCCGCGAUAACCGAGAUCUUGGCUUCAAGAUUUGAGGUUUUGUUGCACGAGUCAGGACCAUGCCGUCAUCCGCCGAAGACACGCCUUCGCAACGAAAAUUGCGGGGGCCUUGAAGCGGAGCAAUAGAUAGCGGCCGCUGAGGAUACAAAAGGAGGGAGCUUGUAAUCUAUAGGGCUUACAGUUGAAUCCUUCGACAUCGAAAGAGCGAUAUAGCAUCACGUGCAAUCAUGGUUAAGAUCGCAGUCGCAGGCGGCACCGGAAACGUCGCAACCAACCUACUUAAGUCGACAAUCGCCUCCGGCAAGCACGACAUCACGAUCUUCACGCGAUCAGCCCCAUCUAAACCCCACCCAUCCCCCAAAGUCACCUACAAGCAAGUCGACUACACCGACCUCAAUGGCCUAACCACCGCCCUCCAGGGUUUUCACACCCUCCUAUCCUUCUUCGUCGUCCAUCUCGACAUCGACAACACAGCCCAGAAGAACCUAAUCCACGCCGCCAUCGCAGCAGGCGUCUCCCGCUUCGCACCCAGCGAAUGGGGCAUCGCAAAUUACGCCGGCGUUCCCAGCUACGACAACAAAGACUACAUCCGGAAGUACCUUGAAGACCUGGACGCCAAGGGUGAAUUGGGAUCUAUGCAGUACUGCCUCUUCCAACCCUCCAUCUUUAUGGACUACUUCGCGCAUCCCUACCCGCUAGAACGCGAUCUCUACACCUGGCCUUUCUUCCUCGACUUUGAAAACCGGCGUGCUAUGGUUCUGGAUGAUGGGAACCAACCCAUCGUCAUCACUGCUAUCCAAGACGACGGUGAGAUACUCGCUCGCGCCCUCAAUGACACGCGUCCGUGGCCGAAGAUCGGUGGUAUCAGAGGUUGUCGUACUUCCAUCAACGAGCUUCUUGCUCUAGGCAAGAAGAUCAGAGGCGGAGACUGGCUUGUUGAGUAUGUCAAGAGUGAGGAUCUUGUCAAGGGAGAGUUGAAAGUGAGCUGGUUGCCAUUGAUUAGCCAUCCUACUGUUACGGAUGAUGUGAGGGAGAGUUUUAGCAAGGCAUUUGUCAUUAUGUUCUUUGAGGCGAUUAAGAGGGGGGCUUGGGAUGUUAGCGAUGAGUUUAAUCAGCGGUUCCCCGAGUACAAGUUUAUGAGUGCGGAGGAGUAUUUGAGUAAGGCUUGGGAGGGGAGACCUUAGAUGGAGGCUUGAUAAACACAUGACGGGGUACAUCAAGAUGAGCAGAAAUGAUGGCGAAUAAAAGCUUCGUU